AUGCCUCCUCGAAUAUCCAUCAUUUCGCGAUUGAGUGCAACUCCUUUGUGUUUUCGCCCGAUCUCAAGUUCAUCAACAUGCUCUUUCUCAACCACAUCCGCAGCUAAUGCGGCUACAUUUGCCCAGCGAAGAGCGCAUAAAGAUCCUUACGCAUUAGCACAAUCUAGACAGAGAAAGCAGUCCAAUUUGGAAAGGCAAGCCGUGUUAAAGAAGGAGCGGGAAUCAUCAUUGGGGGAUCCGGUACGGGGUGUGUCGACACCAUUUCUGGAAUCUCUUGAUAACGUUGGAGGAUCCACACUCAAACUCGAUGCAACUAUAACCAAAGGUUCUGGAGAGGGCGCGAAGAUAAAAAAUGUCGACAAUGUUCUUUUGAAUCACUUCUUGACCCCAACUGAACUUCAAGGUGCCAUUCAACAUUCAUACUACCUUACAGAGCCUCUAUUGGCCGAGAAUCGAGAUCUAGCAGAUGUUCACGCCGAGGAGCAGGCAAAGAAACAGCACGAGGAGGCCCAUGCGAAUGCGGCCGCAGCAUUGGCACGUAUUGUAAGCUUAGAAAAUGCAAGUUCGAAGGAUAAGACCAGAGCGAAUAUUGUAAGGUGCAUAAAUACAUUUGGACGCCACCAGACGGAUGGAGUAUUGAGGCCCAGGGCACCCACGCGCGAUGCUAUUGAAGGCGCUGAUCUGCCAGAGAAGACACCAAGAGCUGGUCCUGACACCGGCAGUUCUGAGGUUCAGAUUGCGAUUUUGACUACAAAAAUCAGGGUCUUGGCGAAUCAACUGGAAUCGAAGCGGGGAAAUAAGGAUAAAGUUAACAAGAGAAAUUUGCGUUUGUUGGUCCACAGGAGGCAGAAGCUGCUAAACUAUUUAAGGAAAAAGGAGCGAGGAAGUGAUAGAUGGGAGAAUUUGAUCGCAACCUUGGGCUUGACAGAGGGUACAUGGAAAGGGGAGAUCAGUCUGUAA